UUGUCGUCCAGCUGUAUAUACCACAUCGGAUGCAGAAAGUAGACAUGAGAUUCUGCAUUUGGCAUUCAUGGCUCUAAAUAGGCUUAACAUUUCAGCCCGCAUCAAUAUCGGACGUCAUGUAGAUUGCAUGCAGGCAGUUGGACAACGUUUGGUGCGUUCCUCUUUCUUGCACACUCUCGCUUACCUCUUCUCAUUCAUUCAUCUCAUUCCCAACAUCGCAGUUCAUUCCCUCCACCAUGACACAUAAGCCUUUGCUGGCUAUCCACCACAAGGUUGCCCUCUCAGUCGGAGGCAUUGUCCGCUACCGCAUCAAGGUCCAUCCGACCCAGGUUCACAAUAUCAAAACCCUUCAAUUCCGUGUCCACAACAGUUCCCCUGUUUACCGCAACAUCACCCCCGGCUCAGGACCCUGGAAGAUCUCCAUCGCGUUGGUCAGAAACCCAGAUAAGACACCUGUUGUUCCAGAAUUGGUCCCGUCGAUCGGGUGUGCGCAGGUCUCUCGACUGGACGCUUAUGUGAACCAUGACGAGACCAACAACGACGAGGGCAACAACGAAUGGGAACUCGAGAUCUUGUCUGAAAUGGUGCUCCAGCCCAAUUGGAUCGAUAUCAAAGUCGAGGUCUUUGUGGUCCCUCGAGAGAGUACUCCUGAUCUGAACGACAGUGCAGCCGACAGCAACAGCAGCAACAGUUUGGCCAGUGGGACAGACGAGGAGGUGCGCCCUCAUCUACUGCUGCCGAAUAUUCUCUCGUGCGAGUAUAAGGACACUGCAGCGAUUUGUGGUCCAACCUUUCCCAAAGCCGACAAUCGAGCCAACAAAGACGAGGCCCAGGAUAAUGACGAUGGACUUCACCUUGUCAUUUUAACCCAUGGUGUCCACGGCGCCUGGCUGGACAUGUUGUACAUCAAGGAGCAGAUUGACGCCCAGAAUGCCAAGCACGGCAAGACUGUCACUUUCCUGACGGACACGAACCAUGCGGGCACGGAGGAAGGCAUCCAGAUGGCAGGGCGGCGCGCAGCACUGGACAUCCUGGAGUUCACAGGAUACUGCGACACAGAACACGGGCAGGAGCUCUACCGGUCGUUGUCGACCGUGGCCAAGAACAAGUCGUUAUCCAAAUCCAAGCCCACUGCAGGAUCAGGAACGGAGGCACCUGCAGCGACGACAUCAUCGAACGACGUGACCAAGGGCGAAUUCUUCAAGACCCUUCAACCCGUUCAUUUCAUCACUCUGGCGACGCCGAUGCUAGGAGUGGGGUUCGAACAUCCUUGGGUCCUCGGAUUCGCACUGGCUCGCGGAGUACUUGGCCAGACGGGCAAGGAUUUGGCCCUUGAGGACCGGUCGUCUAAACACAAACGCUCGGCCUCCUCCACGUCGUCGUCGUCGUCGUCAUCGUCCAAGCACACCAAGGACGGCACCUCCAGCGAGAUAGCCACCGCUGCGCACACGGCGUCUAGUACAGCAGCUUUAGACAAGAGCACGACAAGCCCACCAGAGUGCGCCCUUGACCAUGGCCCGGGACCCUUGCUGCUGGCGAUGGCACGUCCAGGUUCAGUCUCGCAUCGGGUUCUGAAGCAGUUCAAGGAUCGGACCUCGUAUGCGAACAUCGAGAACGAUAUGGCCGUGCGUUUCGAGACCUCAACUAUGAUGGGUAUUCCCACUUUCGACAUAAACCAGUUCUUCUCUCCAGAGGGUGGCGCUCCAACGUCAAGGAAGUCCUUUUACCAGUCUGCACUGACAAGCACCAUGGCGCUGCUCUUUCCGAAUGUCCCCACAAAGGCCAAGUUCCUGAGCAUUGCAGAUGCUCCCUCACCAAUUGUGGUAGUCAGUCACGUUGAGGCUGUUGGCGAAACAGCAGGCAAGGAUGGCUCGGAAGAACCAGCGCCGGCAUCUGAGGGUCGAGGGAAUACCGGUAUUGAGGAUGGUAAGGACAGUCAGCACGGUCAGCACAGCAAGGAUAAAAAGCGACGAUCGCACCCGAAAUGGCCAGCAGUCGACGGAUCCACGAAAUCACCCAGCUCUUCGUCAUCAUCAUUGCCUUCGAUUCUGGGUUCUUCUAGUACCAAAGCCGCAGCUGCGACGGCUAUAUCGAAAUCUAGGCUGGAUUUGGCGCAUCUUGUGGCGGAAGGAUACCAUACAGAUAUGGACUGGACCAAGAUUGGGGUGUUUAUUGAACAUGAGGCACAUGUGCAAAUCAUUGUUCGGCGCAAGUGGUACAAUCUAGAGGGAUGGAAGUGUGUCCAGGAUCUGGUCGAGCGCUUCGACUUUACGUAGGGUGAAGGAGUAGAUGACCUAGGUCAAUAAAGAUGCA